GAGUCUGCCACCAUCUCUGCGCCAGAUUCUAGCAAAUACACCUCACCAAUCCAUCAAUUCAUCUUGCAUAAACGAACCGCAUCCCCCUUUCCCGCACUAUGAGCGCCGCCCCAGAAACCCAAGCUGCGCCUGCUGCUGCGGUUCCAGCUGUCAACGAGCCAGCUCAAUCGCAGACGGCUGGAUCCAAUCCUGCCCCUGAGACGCCCGCUGGAGGUACCGAAUCCACCUCCAAGAAGAACAUUGAGCUCGAGCUGCCGACGUCGGCCGUCGACGGCCUCAUCCAGAAGCCCUUCGCCCGCCCCUUGGACACCGCAAAACCUACCCCGCCAGCUAAACUCCAGCCCGACCAGCAAGCCAAGUACAAUGAAGUCUUCAAGACGGUCUCCGAAUGGACUGCCCUUCCCACGACAUCGGCCAAGAAUGCCCCCACGGCCCCUCUGACCGACAGUGAACGCAUGUUCCUUACUCGCGAGUGUAUCCUGCGCUAUCUGCGCGCAAGCAAGUGGAAUGUGUCCGAGGCAACCACCCGCCUGCAGCGCACUCUCACCUGGCGCCGGGAGUAUGGGGUCGAGAAGUUGACGGCCGAUUACAUCUCCAUCGAGAACGAGACCGGCAAACAGGUCAUUCUGGGGUAUGACAUUGAAGGACGUCCCUGCCUCUACCUCAUCCCGUCGAAGCAGAACACGGAGACGAGCGAUCGCCAGAUUGAGCAUCUGGUCUUCAUGCUGGAGCGCGUGAUCGACCUCAUGGGCCCUGACCAAGAGACUUUGGCGCUUCUCGUCAACUUCAAGGAGACCAAGUCCGGCCAGAAUGCCAGCAUCGGGCAGGCCAAGCAGACCCUCAACUUCCUGCAGAACCACUACCCGGAGCGCAUGGGUCGGGCGCUCGUCAUCAAUAUGCCGUUCCUCAUCAACGGAUUCUUCAAGAUCAUCACCCCGUUCAUCGACCCCCAGACCCGACAAAAGCUCAAGUUCAACGAAGAUUUGCGUCAGCAUGUGCCGCCGGAGCAGUUGAUGAAGUCGAUGGGCGGAGACGUCGAGUUUCGCUACGACCAUGCCACCUACUGGCCCACCUUGAACCAGCUAGCGGACCAGCGCCGAGCCGCCUACACGGAACGGUGGAUCCAGGGUGGUAAGCGCAUCGGAGAGUUCGAAAACUACCUGAAGACCGGCACCAGCCCCAGCCUGGCACAGUCCGAAGGAACGCCCAAUGGCGUGGCGGGUGAGACGCAACCCACCGCUUAGGGCAUCGCCAACUCUAUUCGAGGCGUACACGCUGUUGCUGGCUUGGAAGGCGCCUCUCCGAGCAUCUUACAGACUGCCUGAGUGCGCCAGUCCCCGUAAAUAGAUAUUGUCUUUUCUGCAUUAUACCUGAAUUUGGCGCGAUUUGUACCCCGAAUCUCUAUGGGUGCCGGGGAAAAAUCCAUCAUCAUUUGUCGCAAUAGACUUAUAAAAUAGACUUAAAGGAU